AUGUUCGGCCUGCAGGCCCCAAUGGCUGAUGUUGCAUUUAUACUCAGCGGUCACCAAGUAGUUCAAGACAAUGCUGUUGAUUUACACAGGGUUAGUACAAAUAUAUGCCGAAGAGUAGCAGAAGCUCUCGCUAGGAGAAAUCAUCAAUUUAUAAAAAUGCCUGCAACAAUCGGUGAACAGGAAGAAGUAUCUGCAAGAUUCAGAUCCAUAAUUGGAUUUAGACUCUACGACUGUACACAUUUUAGAAUUAAAAGAAUUUAUGCAACACUCCGUAUUCUGGAUGUCGUGGCACGGUAG